AAUACUUCUCUCUGCACUGUAACAUCAGAGCACACAACGGCGACGCCAUUUUUACAAAAUUAGGACACAAAAUUUGGUCAGGUCUUCCCGCGCUGUUGAAGAACAUCGACACAUAGCAUUUGAAAAAAAUGAAAUCAAACAGGACAUUACCGAGACGGGAUGAUGACGACGAUGAUCUCAACGUAUGGGAGCGCUACGUGCAGCCCAUCUUUGCCGAGUUCACAGGGAGUGUUUUGUACACCUUCAUCGCUUGUUUGUCCGUCACUGUGAACAAUGUGUUUGGUAUCGGGAUUGUCCACGGUUUUGCCAUUGCAGUGCUCUGCAAUGCCUUCGUCAAAAUAAGUGGUGGCCAAUUCAAUCCAGCUGUAACCUUGGCCUCUGUGCUGUCCGGCGGUACGAAAUUGGUCGUUGGACUCGUCUAUCUCCCCUUCCAGUUCAUUGGGGCCUUACUGGGUGCAGCUUUUGUCAAGGCCGUGAUUUACCAGUACGACUCCUUCGAUGAAAUCCACGGAGGAGCCAAUAUGAUGCGUGGAAACCGCCGUAUCGAUCCCUUCAAUCAGUAUCUGCGUACUUCCACCUGGGAUUUUGGUAUUCAUUCCAUUAUCAUCAUUGAGAUUAUAGCAUCCUGUGCCGUCUACCUGUGCUACUUGCUCGAUAAUGUCGAUGACCGCCAGCCGCAUAGGGCGCCCCUCUAUUACGGAAUGGGAGUCUCUGCUGUCGUAAUCGCCACCUACUUCACAGCUGGUGGGGGCUUCAAUCCAGCCGUGUCCUUUGCGGCGGCUAUCUCCUCUGGUUAUUGGAAUGAGCACUAUGUGUACUGGGCGGGCCCUAUCGUGGGUGCUCUGAUUGCGGCCCUGCUAUAUCGGGUAAUUUUGGGCGACCGCAGAAAGCGACUCCUUGGCAAGGUGCGAUAAACACGGACAGCAAUGACCGCCGAGACUUCGAUAACAUCUAAUCGUUCUCUCAGAACCAAACGAAAUUUUUGUAGAUUCAAGCCUUUCAAGGGAACAAGUAACCGACCCACAGCAAUUUGUAACAAACCCAUGUUUUAAAAUUUUAAGGCCUGGUGCCCAUGGCCCGAUUUCAUGAAGCUACAAAGACUGCAGAUGGGCAAAACAGAGCAUUUUUUGCACGGUCAAAAUACAGGGCAUAAUUGUAAUCGUUUGGAGACUAGUUCACAGUUACACUUACAGCAUGUUUAUAUGCGGAGUUGAGAACACAAAAAUAAAUAAGGAACCAGUCAAUAACACUAUAAUAAACCGUGUGAUAUUAGACUGGGAACCUAUUCCAGCGAAGAAAACCCUUUUUGUAGGAAGUGAACUAUUUGUGUUGAGCAAUUUGAUGACAUCACUAGCAGCGGAAACGGGGGGGGGGAGUGACCCCCCACUUUUUCAAUUGGGGGGCCUGCCCCACACACUUUUUGCAGGUGCUAUAAUUGGGUGGGGUUCAAUGGAUCGAGCUAUUUAUGGCUGAUGCCUGAUGGUCUAACAACAAACCCUCCACUUCGAAAAUCGUUCCGCCGGGGGAUGACAUUAGCUCUGGACGAUUAAUCCAAAAGAUUUUCAGUGCAUAUUUGCUCCUUAAAUCUCGAAUCAGGAAACAAAAUAUCUGCUAAUUUAGCCAUAAACAGUUAUAUGUAUUUUGUAGUGACAAAUUGCAAGCAUGUAAACAAGGAAUAGUACCUGGUAUUUUGAAUGUUUAAAAUGUUUCGAAGAGUAGACAGAGUGGAAGAGCGUGUUGUAAACUAAAUGCCUUUUCAUCUGCCAGACAUAAGUUUUUUUAGUGUAAUUUGUAGAUGCCUUAUCUUCAAAUAUUCCAGGACAGAAAUAUUCCAUCUUUUUCUUAGUUACAUGUAUAGAAGCUUUAUAAAAAAACAAAAGACAUCCUAUGGAGAAAUGAAAAACAAAUGACUUCAAUAU